AUUAUAAUCUAUUAAAAUUGUCACAUUUUUCAGAUUUUAAAUUUUCUAAAACAAAAAAUGUUUAUACAAUUUAAAUAGCCAUACAUUAAAAGAAAUUAUUAUUUUGAAGUUGAAUAAUAUUUUUUAUUUAUUUGUUGCUUCUGAGUUAAAAUGACUAAUAUUAGUAUUAAAUGUCAGAAAUGUCGAUUUGAAUUAGCAUCAAGUGAGAGUUCAUCUAUACUUGAUUGUCAUGAAAAACAAAUUCAAAAUACAGCUAGAGUUACGUACAGUUGUAAUGAUAAUGUAAUGGAAAAUAAUUGGUAUUUAUCAUCUACUAAUUUACCAGAAUGGAUAAAUUCGUCAGUUGAAGAAGAAGAUUGGCAAAAGGGUAAAUUGAGUUGUCCAAAUUGCAAUUUAAGAGUUGGUUCUUUUGACUUUGUUGGUGGAAUGAAAUGUCCAUGUAAAAAAUAUGUAUUACCUCAAAUUCAUUUAGUUAAAAGUAAAGUCGAUAUUUACUUUCGAUAAAAAUUUUGUACUCAUUUAAUAUUUUUUAUUGUGUAUAAUAAAUGAUAUUUGUUAAUACUUAAAAAAUUUAAUCAUAUUCCAAUAUACUACAGCAAUAAUUAAAAUAUUUUAUUGUUUAGAAAUUAAA